AUGGCGAUUUCUGAGGAGGCGUCUUGGUCCAGGGUUUCCACCAGUCGUGACCUGAGCUCCCCAAUAAUCCCAGGAAUGGCCAACGAGGGUCGAGUCGCAACUUCCAAAUCACUCGAAGCUCUCAGUUCUGGAAGACUUGCGACUCGGUCACAAAUCAUUUUCAAUGUUGCUGCUGGACACCACGUUGGUGUCAUUUUGCAUGGCAAAAUAGACCAAUUCCGGCCACCAUGUAUGCAAGCCAGUUGA